CAGCAGGUCCUCGGAGGCGUUGGGCGCUGCUGAAGCCAUGUGGAUUAUUCUGGUGCUUGCUCUCUGCGGCGUCGCUGCAGCCGUGCCCUCGGAGGACAGGAAGCUGAGCGACAAGGCAACAACGCUGGCUGACCGCAGCACGACGCUGGCCUUCAACCUCUACCAUGCCAUGGCGAAAGACAAGAACAUGGAGAACAUCCUUCUGUCCCCUGUGGUCGUGGCCUCUUCCCUCGGCCUUGUGUCCCUUGGGGGCAAGGCCACAACCGCCUCCCAAGCCAAGGCAGUGCUCAGCGCAGACAAACUAAACGACGACUACAUGCACAGCGGGUUGUCCGAGCUCCUGAACGAGGUCAGCAACAGCACAGCCCGCAACGUCACCUGGAAGAUCGGCAACCGCUUGUACGGCCCUGCCUCCAUCAACUUCGCCGAUGACUUUGUGAAGAACAGCAAGAAACACUACAACUACGAGCACUCUAAGAUCAACUUCCGAGACAAGAGGAGCGCCCUGAAAUCCAUUAACGAGUGGGCAGCCCAGACCACGGAUGGGAAACUCCCAGAGGUCACGAAAGACGUUGAGAAAACUGAUGGGGCCCUCAUUGUCAAUGCCAUGUUCUUCAAGCCUCACUGGGAUGAGAAGUUCCAUCACAAGAUGGUGGACAACCGUGGCUUCAUGGUGACCCGUUCCUACACUGUGGGAGUUCCUAUGAUGCAUCGCACAGGUCUCUACAAUUACUAUGAUGAUGAGACAGAGAAGCUCCAGGUGGUAGAGAUGCCACUUGCUCACAAGCUCUCCAGCAUGAUCUUUAUCAUGCCAAACCAUGUGGAGCCUCUGGAGAGGGUUGAGAAACUGCUGAACAGGGAGCAGCUAAAGGCCUGGGCUGGCAAGAUGAAGAAGAGAUCAGUGGCCAUCUCACUGCCUAAAGUCAUCCUGGAAGUCAGCCACGACCUUCAGAAACACUUGGCUGAUCUGGGCCUGACAGAAGCCAUUGACAAAACCAAGGCUGACUUGUCAAAGAUCUCUGGCAAGAAAGACCUUUACCUGUCCAACGUCUUCCACGCUGCUGCUCUUGAAUGGGACACGGAAGGGAACCCCUAUGAUGCUGACAUCUACGGCCGAGAGGAGAUGAGGAACCCCAAGCUCUUCUAUGCUGACCACCCCUUCAUCUUCAUGAUCAAGGACACUAAAACCAACUCCAUUCUCUUCAUCGGCAGGCUCGUGAGACCCAAAGGGGACAAGAUGCGUGAUGAGUUGUAGUUAGUUUUGGGUUUUUUUUUUUUCCAGAGCUUUGGUUUGUGUUUUUUAGUGGGGGAUUUCAAAAAACGGGAAACACUAUUUUGUAUCCUUCUCGAACUAUGGGUGCUAUUCAGACCAGGGUGCAUUGUGAUGAGAAACCAGCAUACACUUUACCUCACCCCAAAAUACUUAUUGCACAAACCCACCUCCAGAGAGGAACAGGGGAGCCUGGCACAAGAGGGUCACCAGAAGU